AUGUCUCGAGCUGACUAUCUCUCAAAGUACCUAAGUAAAGAUGACAAGAAGAAGAAGAAAAAGCUGAAACACAAGAAAUCAACAAAUGUUGUUAUGGAGGAGGAUUUAUUAGAUGCUGAUAAUUACGACGAUGAGAUUGAGGAGACUCCAAUACCUGUGAUACUACAAUCGGAACCAAAACAAUAUAAAGGGUUCAAGAGGAUAGAUAAUGGCGAACAGGUAUCACCAGAAACACAAAUAGCUAUGAAACAAGACAUGCCUCCUCAGCAAGAAACUGUUUACAGAGAUAAAUCAGGAAACAUAGUGGACAUCGAAACAAAAAGAAGGCAGAUGCAGCUCGAAAAGGAAAACGAAGAAAUACGAAAGCGGGAAUUAGAACAGAGUAUAAACCAAGGUGAUUUACAGAAAAUUGAAGAGGCUGAGACUGCGGCCAGGUUGGUCCAAAAUAAGUCCUUCCUGGUAUCGACGAGGGACACAGAGUAUAACGAGUUCAUGAAGUCGAAACAGCGAUUCGACGACCCUUUGCAGUCAUUUUCGAAGCAGAAACAGACGGUAGCCACGUCAAAGACAGGCAAAAUGUAUUAUAAUAAAGGAAUAUCACCACCCAAUCGCUUCGAUAUAAGAGCUGGCUUUUUCUGGGAUGGAAUCGAUAGGUCUAAUGGUUUCGAAGAUCUUAUCGUUCGCAAGCGAAACGAAAUGUCGUACACCAAAAGAGAGGCAUCAGAUACAUAUGAUUUGGAUUUGGAAGAUGAUCUAGAUUAG